AAACGGUGCAACAAACUCCGGGCCGCCACUGCGCCUUGCCCGAAUGCAAAUAGGAUGCACACACACACACACACACAUGACUUUACGCAUUCAAGGCAAAGUUAGUGUCUGCAUUUCCCCCCCCCCCCCUUCCAAUCUUCGGUGCGCGAAUCUGAUCUUUGCGGCAACAGCCCCGAGAACCGCUCCGAUCCAUCUCGGUCGCCGCCGCUGCGGUUCGCCGCCUCAGUUCAGGGAGGUUGCAGUGAGGCAAGCCGCGAUCUGCAGCAGAGAACCGCGAACGAGGGGCUGAUCUACCAGUGGAACCUGGAUGCCAGCUAUCACCCCAGCCUCCCCCCCUCACCCCCCUCACCACCACCACCACCACCACACUCUCUCCACCACCUCCCCCCAAAUGCAUUGAGGUGUACAAGUGUUUCAUGGUUUUACCGACCGAAUCCGAGUGAGAGGACGAGGGUGCCGCAAGAUAUACACCGCUCGCUUCUGCCCUUCACCGGGUCUGAUUUUUAAGUGGAUGAAGACCAGGAGAGGGGUUUUUCCCCAACGUUUUUAUUUCUGAUUUAAGGGGGACAUAUCAGUGAGGUGUUUCCCAGGAUUUGCCCCCCCCCCCCACAUCACCUCGUCUUUGCAGCGUGUGUGUGUGUGUGUGUCAAUGCGGCGCUGUGCGAAUGCAAACCAGGCAGCAAACGGAGGUUGGCGAUGCUGAAGAUCGGGUACACAUUGUUGGGCGGAUUGUAGCCGAGCGCUUCACCUGGGAAUAAAACUUGCAGCGAGCGAAACUCCAUCAGAAACGACCCCAGCAGAAUAAGAUGGCAGCGUGCAGAGGGGCGAGGAGGUACUCCAUCUUCCUCUUGCUGUUGUCGGUGGCGUCCGGGCGGCGAGAAGCCACGAAUCUGGAGUAUAAUCUGGAGUAUAAAGCCUUCGAAGGGGAGAACGCCGACUGGGCGUUCAACCACUUGUCGUUGGACGAUCGCACGGGCAACGUGUACUUGGGGGCGGUGAACAGGAUCUACAAACUGUCCAGCGACUUGCAGCUGCUGGUGGUGCAUCAGACGGGGCCGGACGAGGACAACCCGGACUGCUACCCUCCCCGCAUUGUGCAGCCUUGCAGCGAGCCGCUCAGCCUGACCGACAACGUGAACAAGAUGCUGUUGAUAGACCAAGGCGAGAGGCGGCUGAUCGCCUGCGGCAGCCUGUACCAGGGCAUCUGCAAGGUGCUGAGACUCAACGACCUCUUCAAGCUGGGCGAGCCCUUCCACAAGAAGGAGCACUACCUGUCCGGGGUGAACGACAGCGGCUCGGUCUUUGGGGUGAUCGUGGCGGGCCAGGGUCACAUCUCCAAGCUGUUCGUGGCCACGGCGGUGGACGGCAAGCCCGAGUACUUCCCCACCAUCUCCAGCCGCCUCCUCGCUGCCAACCCCGAGGCGGACGAGAUGUUCUCCUACGUGUUCCACGACGAGUUCGUGGCGUCGCUCAUCAAGAUCCCCUCCGACACCUUCACGGUCAUCCCCGACUUUGACAUCUACUACAUCUACGGCUUCAGCAGCUCGGCUUUCGUCUACUUCCUCACCCUCCAGCCCGAGGUGGUCCACGCCGGCCCCGGCUCCACCCGCCAGAGGGUCUACACCUCCAAGCUGGUGCGCCUGUGCCAAGCCGACACCACCUUCAACUCCUACGUGGAGAUCCCCAUCGGCUGUGUGAAGGACGGGGUGGAGUACCGGCUGCUGCAGGCUGCCCACCUGGCCAAGGCCGGCCCGGUGCUGGCCAAGUCCCUGGGCAUCAUCCCCGGCCACGACGACGUGCUCUUCGCCGUCUUCUCCAAGGGCCAGAAGCAACGCAGCCAUCCUCCAGACGAGACGGUCCUGUGCAUGUUCGUGCUCAACACCAUCAACGAGCGCAUCAAGAAGCGCCUGCAGUCCUGCUACCGGGGCGAGGGCUUGCUGGACCUGGCCUGGCUCAAAGUCAAGGACAUCCAGUGUGUGCCCGCGCCUGUUCCAAUCGACGACAAUUUUUGCGGCUUGGACAUUAAUGCCCCAUUAGGCGGUUCCACCCUCAUGCAGGGCAUUCCCCUGUUCUCAGAGGAGAAAGACAGGAUGAGCUCGGUGAUUUCGUACAUUUACAACAACCAUUCGCUGGUGUUUGUGGGCACGAAAAGUGGCAAGCUGAAAAAGAUUCGAGUAGACGUGGCCUCUCACGGCGGCAGGCAGUACGAGAUCAUUCAAGCCGUGCAGAGCGGCGCCAUCCUGCGUGACAUGGCUUUGUCCGUGGACCACCAAUACCUCUACAUCAUGUCAAAGAAGCAGCUGACCAGGGUCCCUGUGGAAGCGUGUGGACAGUACAAGACAUGCACGGAUUGCCUGGGAUCGGGAGACCCUCACUGCGGCUGGUGUGUGCUCCACAACACCUGCACGAGGAAAGAUAUGUGCAAGCGCUCCGCCGAGCUCCGACGGUUCACCUCCGACAUCAGGCAGUGCGUCCGCCUCAGUGUGAGACCCAGCAACAUCUCCGUCUCUCAGUACAACGUGGUGCUGGUGCUAGAGGCACACAACGUGCCUGAGCUCACCGCGGGGGUCAACUGCUCGUUUGAGGACUUUGCAGAGAUGGACGGCCUGGUGAUGGGCAAUAUCAUCAAGUGCAUCUCGCCGGCCAAGAGAGAGGUGCCUCGGAUCCAAACGGACGACGGAGACCACCAAGUGGUCCAACUCCAGCUGAAGUCCAAGGAGACCGGCAUGACCUUCGCCAGCACCAGCUUUGUCUUCUACAACUGCAGCGUCCAUCACUCGUGCCUGUCAUGUGUGACCAGUCCCUAUCGAUGUCACUGGUGUAAAUAUCGGCACGUGUGCACGCACGACCCACGGUCGUGCUCUUUCCAGGAGGGCCGUGUCAACGUCUCGGAGGACUGUCCCCAGCUGCUGGCUGCUGAGAAGAUACUGAUGCCAGUGGGAGUGGUGAAGCCCAUCACGCUGAAGUCCAGGAACCUUCCGCAGCCCCAGUCUGGCCAGCGUGGCUAUGAGUGCAUCCUAAACAUCCAGGGAGUAGAGCAGCGAGUGCCAGCCUUACGUUUCAACAGUACCAGUGUCCAGUGUCAGAAUACUUCAUACGCGUACGAUGAAACUGCGAUCAACAACCUCCCGGUGAGCCUCUCCGUGGUCUGGAACGGCAACUUUAGCAUCGACAACCCAGCACGCAUCCAAGUGCACCUGUACAAGUGCGGAGUGUUGCGUGAGAGCUGCGGGCUGUGCCUGAAGGCUGACCCCAACUUUGAGUGCGGCUGGUGCAAGGGGGACGGGCGUUGCACCCUCCGCCAGGACUGCGCCGUCUCCGGGGACAAUUGGCUGCAGCCGACACGUGCCAACAGCAAAUGCACCAACCCUCGCAUCACCAAGAUCGUACCAGUACGUGGGCCCAGGGAAGGCGGAACUAGAGUUACGAUCUACGGGGAAAAUCUCGGCCUGAAUUUUUGGGAGAUUGAAAACUAUGUCCGCGUGGCUGGAGUCGAUUGUAUCCCUUUGGAAGAGGGAUACAUUCCAGCGGAACAGAUCGAGUGCGAGAUGGACGUGGCCCGGCAUGGCCAGUACGCUGGCUUCGUGGAGGUGUGCGUAGAAGAAUGCAAGCAGGAGUUCAUGGCAAAGUCAACGCAGCGCUACAGCUUUGUGCUCCCAACUCUCACGGAUUUGACGCCCAUCAAGGGUCCGGUGUCGGGGGGGACGAUGGUCACCAUCAGAGGCAGGAACCUGGAUGCCGGGAGCAACAUCUCUGUCCUGUUUGGCCAGCAACCUUGCGUGUUCCACGGGCGGAUUGCCCGGGCGAUAGUCUGCAACUCCACGUCUGCGCCGCAGGGCGCGGGGAACAUCAGCGUCACCGUGGGGGUGGACAGGGCAAGGAUCGAGAAGGAGCUGCAGUUCGAGUACAUGGAGGAUCCCACCAUCGUUAAGAUUGAACCAGAAUGGAGUAUCGUCAGCGGGAGCACACCGAUGUUGGUCUGGGGCACCAACCUGGACAUUAUCCAGAAUCCGAAAAUCCGGGCCAAGCUGAAUGGAGUGGAGACAAUCAACGAGUGUAAGGUGUACAACGCAUCAACGAUGGUGUGCCAGGCCCCAUCCCUGGCCAUCAGUCAGAGUCAGCAGACCGACAACACAGAACGUCCCGACGAGUUUGGAUUCAUCCUGGACAACGUGAAGACAUUAUUGAUCUACAACAACACCAACCUCAUCUACUACCCCAACCCUGUGUUUGAACCUCUCAGCACCACCGGCGUUUUGGAAUUGAAGCCUGGCUCUCCCAUUAUACUGAAGGGCCGAAACCUCAUCCCUUCCGUGGCUGCCGGUAACACCAAGCUGAAUUACACCGUGUUCAUCGGGGAUAAACCGUGCACCGUGACCGUGUCGGACACACAGCUCCUCUGCGAGUCUCCAAACCUCACCGGGCGGCACAGAGUACUGGUGCGGGUGGGCGGCCUGGAGCACUCGCCCGGGACCGUGCACAUUUUCCCCGACAGCCCGCUCAGCUUCCCGGCCAUCAUCAGCAUCGGAGCGGCUGGGGGUCUCCUCAUCAUCUUCAUCAUCGUGGUCCUCAUCGCCUACAAGAGGAAGAGUCGGGAGAGCGACCUGACGCUGAAGAGGCUACAGAUGCAAAUGGACAACCUGGAGUCACGGGUGGCCCUGGAGUGUAAAGAAGCCUUUGCAGAGCUGCAGACAGACAUCAACGAGCUGACCAGUGACUUGGACGGAACUGGGAUUCCCUUCCUGGAGUAUCGGGCUUACACCAUGCGGGUUCUCUUCCCGGGGAUUGAAGACCAUCCUGUUCUCCGGGAGCUUGAGGUUCCGGGAUACCGUCAGGAUAGAGUGGAGAAAGGUCUGAUGAUGUUUGGUCAGCUCAUCAACAGCAAGGUCUUCCUGCUGACCUUCAUCCGGACACUGGAGUCCCAGCGGAGCUUCUCCAUGCGGGACCGGGGGAACGUUGCGUCGCUCAUCAUGACCGUGCUGCAGACCAAGCUGGAGUAUGCCACCGACGUCUUGAAGCAGCUGCUCUCUGACCUCAUCGACAAGAACCUGGAGAGCAAGAACCACCCGAAGCUCCUGUUGAGGAGAACUGAAUCGGUGGCAGAAAAGAUGCUGACCAACUGGUUUACAUUCCUCUUGUACAAAUUCCUUAAGGAGUGUGCAGGGGAGCCAUUGUACAUGCUUUUCUGCGCCAUCAAGCAGCAGAUGGAGAAGGGGCCCAUCGACUCCAUUACAGGCGAGGCCCGCUACUCUCUGAGCGAGGACAAACUCAUCAGGCAGCAGAUAGACUACAAGACGCUGGUUCUGAAUUGUGUGAAUCCAGACAACGAGAACAGUCCUGAGAUUUCCACAAAGACGCUAAACUGUGACACGAUCACCCAGGUCAAGGAAAAGAUCUUAGACGCCAUCUUCAAGAACUUACCUUGCUCCCAUCGACCAAAGGCCGCUGAUAUGGACUUGGAAUGGCGACAGGGAAGAAUGACCAGGGUGAUUCUUCAGGACGAAGAUGUCACCACCAAGAUAGAGAACGACUGGAAGAGGCUGAACACACUGGUGCAUUAUCAGGUGACAGAUGGCUCCGUGGUUGCCCUGGUUCCCAAGCAAACGACGGCUUACAAUGCGGUGAAUAACUCCACUGUCUCUCGAACCUCAGCCAGCAAAUACGAAACCAUGAUCAGGUACACGGGCAGCCCGGACAGCCUGCGUUCCCGCACGCCCAUGAUCACCCCUGACCUGGAGACCGGGGUGAAGGUCUGGCAUCUGGUCAAGAACCAUGAACACGGAGACCAGAAGGAAGGAGAUCGGGGCAGCAAGAUGGUGUCCGAGAUCUACCUGACCCGACUUCUGGCUACAAAGGGCACGCUGCAGAAGUUUGUGGACGAUCUGUUUGAGACGAUCUUCAGCACAGCCCAUCGUGGGAGCGCGCUGCCCCUGGCCAUCAAGUACAUGUUUGACUUCCUGGACGAGCAAGCAGACAAGCAUCAGAUCCAUGACCCACAUGUGCGCCACACCUGGAAGAGCAACUGCCUCCCAUUGAGGUUUUGGGUGAACGUGAUCAAGAACCCGCAGUUUGUCUUCGACAUCCACAAGAGCAGCAUCACAGAUGCCUGCCUCUCCGUGGUGGCGCAGACCUUCAUGGACUCCUGUUCCACUUCGGAGCACAGACUGGGCAAGGACUCUCCGUCCAACAAGCUGCUCUACGCCAAGGACAUCCCCAACUACAAGAGCUGGGUGGAGAGGUACUAUGCAGACAUUGGGAAAAUGCCGGCCAUCAGUGACCAGGAUAUGAACGCCUACCUCGCGGAACAGUCCCGGAUGCACAUGGCUGAAUUCAACGCCAUGAGUGCCCUCAGCGAAAUCUAUUCCUAUGUUAGCAAAUACAGCGAGGAGAUCGUAGGUACUCUAGAAUGUGACGAGCAGUCCAGGAGGCAGCGGUUAGCUUACAAACUUGAACAGAUAGUUGCUCUCAUGUCAAUAGAGAGCUGAGUGGCACUCCCAAGGAACGCUGGGUAAAAGACGCCAAGCUGUGCCUGACUUAAGAUGGUCGCCUUUCAAGUGCAAGUUAUGAUUGGUUCAAGCAACGUCACCUUGAUCAUCUAUCUCUCCAUUACCCCUGCGUCUUCAUCUUUUAUUCUCCUUCAGUCUCUCUCUCCCUCUCUCCUCUCUCUCUCUCUCCCUCUCCCUCACAUUUUUUUUGGGUACGUCAAAAUGUACAUGAAAGGAUAAAACUAAAAAUAUCGCAAAUGUGGUUUGUAAAAUAGAGCAGCGAAUCUCCGGCAAAGGAAUCGCUGGCGAGCGACUCGAGAUCGCGAUGAUUUACUCGGCCGUCUUCUCCAGAGGGACUUGGCAGCCUUUCCUCUUGUGGUGUGUGAGCGACGGGAACCGGGAUCGGUGGAAGAUCUCCCCGUUUUUUUUGUGGGACGCUGCAAGCGAUUUCCUUUGGGAUCGGUUGGUACCGAAUAUGGCAUCGACUGGAGGCCUGUUCCAAAAUUAACUCCGAUCGACGCCAGAUCAGUGAGACAAGAACGUGGUCUCCAGUUCGGUUGACUUUACGGCCAGAAGUUGUGGACAAAGAAAACAAACAAAAUUGUGCAUGAGAAUUGCAAUUUAUCUGGUCUGUGAGAAGGGAAGAGAGCAUGACAUUAUUGGCAGAGGAUGGACAAGCUUGGCUUGGGGGUAUGUGUAUUCCAGAGCUGCGGACAUAGGCUGUGGUGACAGGAGAGGAGCAGUCGGAGGGUGUGUACAUAGAUGUACGCACAGUUACACAAUGGUACACGCAGGCAUCAUGUAAAAACGCACACAUAUACAGACAUACACAUGUGCAAAAUACACACACACACACACACACACACACACACACACACACACACACACACACACACACACACACACACACACACACACACACACACACACACACACACACACACACACACACACACACACAGGUACUCAUGCAAAAAACAAAUGUACUCUAAAUCCGAAGCCUUGUUAUUAUUAAGGAAAAAAGUGUACGUGUACGUGAUCAUGUGGAAGCAUCUCAUAACAAAUGGACAGGUUCGAUGUUCACCAGAGUUAUGGGGCAGUCUGUGACUCUGGAGGUACUGGCAAAUGAAACUAAAAGACAUUUUUGGUUUGGAAACGAUGGACUAUCCCAGCCAGCGAAGACCAAAGGAUUACAGUGCUGUUCGAAAAUAAGUGCCACUGCGGAUUAUCAAAUUUUAUUUGCAGCCGUCUACCUAGUGCGUGAGGUUCCACAAGACAGUAGACCCCACGAACCGCCAGCUGGCUCCAAACAGGCGUUCCUUUUUAUUUGCACAGAAAACGCGCACAGAUUGACGAAACUGUGAAAUGUUAUUUAUAGAAGACGGCUAAAGAAAGAAUUCAACUGCAAAGGCGAAGACAUGACUUGCACGUGUUACAUGCGGGAGGAACCGGGACCUUGGGACGGGAGGUGUGUGUGUGUGUGUGUGUGGGGGGGGGAGGGAGGGAGAGAGAGAGGAGGUUGUCAGAAGGUCCAAUCCUUGGGUCAACUCAUGGUCGGCGGGAAGCUGAUUGGAAUGUUCUUCUCUCUCCCUCCCCCCCACCCAUGACAUUUAUACAUGUUGUAUUAUUAUCAAAUCUAAAUACUGUUCUCCCAGCCCCUCCCUUCACCCACCAACUCAUUCAGCUGGAAAAAAAAUAUAUAUAAAAAGGGACUUUUUGAAACAAUAGCUUUUUGCCUUGAACUGUGCCCGACCUGUGUUUGUGGAUGUGAUUGAUAGGUCAGUCCCUGACAAUGACCUCAGUAUUUGUUUUCUUUUCGAUAUCAUUUGUUCCUUUUUUGGUUAAAAUAUAAAAAAAAGUGCAUGUAAUAAUGAACCUGGGAAGCAAAGACUGAUACCAAACUGCAAUGCCACGAUCGUGAAUGUGUCCUAUGAUUUAUUUCCGCUCUAUUUUUCUUUUGCUUGAGAAUAGUGUGUCUGGUCUGAAUGGGUUUGCGAUGUGCACAUCCCUAUUUAAAGACAGUUUGUAACAACCUACCCUUAGAAACCAGUGUUAGACUCCGCCAAGACCGAUCGACAAUAGGUUUUAUCUUAAUAAGGACUGCAAUUAAAUAUACUACCCAAACAAAGAGAUGAAAGGACCCGACAAAGGCUAGCUUCAUUACUUUGUUAUAUCAAUUGUAUACCUGUGUAUGUAAAUAUGAUGCACUCCUAUUUUGCAGUUUCAGAACAAAAAGUUUACUAUUUGUAAUAUAGAAUAAAGUUUAUUACAAAAAACACA